GGGGGAGCACAAGCUGGGGACUGUCUGAGCAGGACUGGCUGGGAUUAGCUCUGAGACGUGAUUUGGAAAGAUAACGCCAUAUACCGGAAGCCUGGGAGAGGUCUUCCUUGGCUCAAAACAAUAACACCACCGACAGCUAAAAUCACGAAGCGGCACUAAUUUCCAGCAUGGGGCCAGCAACUGGAGAGCCCCGGGCAGCAGCGCCAGAAUCAGCGGCACCCUUCGGCCGUCGAGCUUAGGUUUCGCGGCAGAAGUCGAACCUUAUACGGCGGUGACACUGUGGGCGCGCAGAAGACACGGGGAUCUUUGUUGCUGUUUUUUAAUGGGACACAGCUGGGCUUUCUUCCCGCUCUGCCGCCGUUUUUGCACCGUGACAGCACCCCGUUUGGCUGACUUCGACUGGCCAACAAGGUCCCGGAAUCUUAUGGACCCCCCACAAUAGUUUUGUAGCUUUCCCUUCUUCUCUGACGGACGCGGCAGUCAUGUUUGCCGUGCGAAUAGUCACCGCAGACUAUUACCUCGCAAGUCCCAUUAAAGGCCUGGACGUGUGUUAUUCUGAAUUCAGGGAGAGUGAGGUGAAGAAGGUACCAGUGGUGCGGAUAUUUGGAGCAACGCCAGCAGGUCAGAAGACAUGUCUCCACCUCCACGGUGUGUUCCCAUACAUCUAUGUGCCAUAUGAUGGCUGUGGACUGCAGCCAGAGCGCUACAUGCGGCAGGUGGCCUUCAGCAUCGACAGGGCCCUCAACGUUGCCAUGGGAAACCCCGCCGCCAGCACCCAACACGUCUUUAAGGUGGUUCUGGUCUCUGGCAUGCCUUUCUAUGGUUAUCAUGCCAAGGAGAAGCACUUUAUGAAGAUCUACUUGUACAAUCCUAAGAUAGUGAAAAGAGUGUGCGAGCUUUUACAAAGUGGAGCAGUGAUGAACAAGUGUUAUCAGCCUCAUGAGGGCCACAUCCCCUACCUGCUGCAGCUCUUCAUGGAUUAUAACCUGUAUGGCAUGAACCUGAUAAACAUGGGAGCUGUGAAGUUCCGCACAAUCCAUAUCAAAGAAGGAGCCGCUGCAGACCAACAAUCUUCCAGCUCUCAUCCUAGCAUCAGUCCCUGGAAGGUCCCCUGUACCACUAAGCUGAACAACAGCAGCCUUGCAGGCACCUUUGUCCGCUGGGAAGAGAACGCUCUACCCUGCUCUUUAGUCCUGGACGAUGUUGAGAGACAGAGCACCUGUGAGCUGGAGGUGGAUGCUGUGGCCGUAGACAUCCUUAACCGCCUUGAUAUUGAAAAUCAGAUUGGCAGGAACCCUGGACUACAGGCUAUUUGGGAGGAUGAGAAGCAGAGGAGGAGAGAGAAAAACCAGAUCUCCCAGAUAGAAACCCCUGAUUCACAAGAUCGUGGCGUGGUCCCUUCAACGGACAGUGAGAAAACCUUCAUGAAGAGACUAAAAGAGAUUCUGAGGGAGAACAAGUUUGACGUCACACAAGAUUUGUUUGAAGACGAUGAAGAGGAGAGUUUCUCAGCCGAACUCACUCUGCAUUCUGACCACCUGACCCCCAACGGGCUGCCAUGCACUGCGGCUAAUGCUGUGGAGGUGCACAGGGACUCUGAACCAGACUCAGUGAGGAGCAGUGGGAAAGUCCCAGAAGAGGCUGUUGUUGAUGAAGAGGCAAUCCUAAGUCUUCUGGAAAACAGUCAGACUUUUCUGCCACCCUCUCAGACGUCCAACCAUUCACCCCUGUUAGAAAGCAGUCAAGAUCAUGCCCUCAUUGAUUUGCUGGUAGGCCUGGAAGAUGAUGGUUUCCACAGGACCCCACUAAGGCAGAACUCUCAGUCUCAUUCUCUCCCUGGUGUAACAACCUACCACUGUAACAGUGAUGAAGAAGAAGCUGGACCAGAGCUAGAAAAAGAAGAAGCAGAGCUCAGUAUGAUCAUGUCACAGCAGUGGGACAGCGAACACCAUGGGAGAACAAACCCACCAAGGCCUGGAGUUAGGGAGGCAGAGGACUGCUUGAGUGAUGAGCAGCACGAGUCCUCUGAUGAAGACAUGGAGUGGAGUGGGAAUCACUCUUUGUUUGCCAACCUGUCCAUCCCACAGCUGGAUGGGGCAGCAGACGAAAGCAGCGAUUCUUCCUUAACAGACACUGGCUCCAUGUCUCAGUCUUCACUUACAGUCACAGAGAAGCUGUUGGGGAAAACAAAUCCGUGCACAGGAGAGACUGUCCACCUGGAGCCCCCUUCGUCGGCUAAGAUCCUGCUGUGCAAGCAUCCUGAGCUCAGGCCAGUUCACGUGGAGGAACAACUUGAAAACCCCUUUCAAUUAAAAAGCAGUCAGGACAACACUAGUGAAUGUUCAGCUGGGUUUAGGGUUAAAAAAGAAAUCCCAUACAUCUUGCCAGUAAAACACCCGAUUCCUCGCAAAGUAGCCAAUCACUCUGAGGUGUCUCCUAUUUGCAUGGACAAUGAGGACAUCCGACCAUUGUACGCAUAUAACAAAAAAACCUCCAAACCUGUGGAUAAGGGUGAUCUCGAAGGUUUCACUUUUGGUAGUGGAAAGGUGUCAAAAAACGGGAAAAGGUUCAGCAGCCUAGAGACUGUAGAAGCUAACCGGUUGUCCAUUUUUCAGAACCACAGUACCAUCUCCCUUUGUUACUCUGACCUCAGAACCUGCUCUGCCAAGAAAGAGCUGGAAUUGAGCACUAAGGAGAGAAAAAGCCCAAUCCUGAGGAGUGUCACCUCAACCCCAUCUCUCAUAAAGGACAGCGAUUUCAUCGAUCACAAAGAGGAGAUGGCCCAGCAAAGUGAGGAAGGAGAUGUUGGGGAACUCAAAAUCAGAUAUGAAGACUACCAAGAAAAUAAAACUGAGAAAACUAUUGUGGCCCAGCAGGAGGCCCAUUACAAGUUCUUCCCCAGUGUCAUUCUCUCUAACUGUCUCAAUAGAAAGAAAACAGGUAAUAAAAAGCCGGCUGACACAUGCAAUAAACCAGAGCUGCCCCAGCCUUGCAAGUUAAAGCUAAAACUUCCUAAAAAAAGGUUAGGAAUGGCAGGACAUAGGAACAAAGCAGCAGUGGCUCAAAGCCCGACCUCCGACCUUUCUUCAGUAACAUCUGCAAGUUACCAGACUGCAGAUACAGAGGAGCCAGUUUCAGAGGAUCAACCAAAACUGACUGAGAUAAAUAAAGAUGAGCCAAAUAAAGAAGUUGAGCCAGUCAUAAACGAGGAGUUGGACUGUGAGAAAAAGACUGUCAAUGAGCAGACAGAACCGGUCUUAGUGGCUGGUGUCUCCAGUUCUGCCAUUGUUUCCUCUCUUUGUGAAGAAGCCAAAGACGCAACACGGGAAAGUCUGAGCCUUGAUUCAGAUUUAUCCGCCAAAGUUAGCUGUACUCAACCAUCAGCACUGCCAGGGAGUAAAUACGCAUUGAGGACUAAACGGAAAAUGAACUUUGAUGGUGAUAAGGAAGACUGUCCAGGUUCCACUCGUUAUAAAAACCCAAGCAAGGUUCCCAGGGGGCAGGAGACCAAAUACCAGAAGAGACACAAGAAAGAACCUCCCAUAAUUAUCAAGUACAUUAUAAUCAACAGGUUCAAAGGACAGAAAAACAUGUUGGUGAAGAUGUCCAAAGUGAAUGCGGAGGAACAGUUGGUUGUGUUGACUCCUGAUAAAAUGGAGCAUUACAAUAAGCUGGCCCCUCUCAAGAAUUUCUGGCCUAAAGUGGCAGAGUCCCCUGCUGUCAGGUUUCCCGUCAAAGAACCCAAAGCCAAAAAAUCGCCCAAACGAAAAGUUAGAGUCAACACUAUGAGUAAGAAAAUGUUUAACAGCUCUCCCAAAAAGCCUCUAAUCAAACGAGGUAAAAGAACUAAAAGGACUGCAGGCUGUCAGAGGCGCCCAGUUCUGCCCUCUCUGCCUCCUCCUCAGCCAUGUUACUGUGAGCUAGCAGAUGACCUUGACAAAGACUAUGCUGAUGUCAUGGUAGAACUGGGCUAUCUUUCUGACAGAUCCUCAAGCCCCACAGAAUCAACACCCCCACGGUGUUGGUCCCCAAGUGACCCUUUUCUGAACAGUUCAGAACAGCUGAUGAAUCCACUUAGUGACCCUUGUCUUAGUUCUGCUUCUCAAAAGCCAUCUGUGACUAAAAGAGCCCAAAGUAGAAGACGAACAAACAAACCUAAGAGGUCCACAGACUCUAAAGGAAAAAUAAGCAAGUCUGCUUCUAAGCCCUUGGAGGAACAAGAGCCCAAAAAGGAGAAAUCAAAAAAAAGUGUUGCUGUUAUUCCAAGGCAGAGAAAGAAAGCUAAAGAUGCAACUGAAAGUCCUGCAGCAUCUCCACUACCCAGAAGGUCCCGGAAAAAGAAAACUGACAAACCUAAAAGGGAUGAUUUAUGCAAAGAAGACUCCCAGCUCUUAUUCUCUGAUAGCAGGUCUGCUCCAUCAGAGAGUUCCUCUCAGGAUGUUCCUCUGUUUCAGCAGCCAAUAGGCACCAAUAACACCAGCCAGAGCAUGUUGUCAGCUUUGGUGACAUUGAUGCCUGCUUCAACCCGGUUUAUUGAACCGAAGGCUGAGGACUCUGAGACCUCAAUCUUGGAAGUUAACCAAAGCAUGUUGGCACCUGUUGAGAUGAAGCAGCAGGGUUGUCAGACCACUGGUCUAAAAGCAGAAUCUUAUCCAGAAGAGUGCACUGCUCCUCAGCCUCCUGCAGUUGUUCAGCCAUUUCUGGAAAACUCUAAAGAUGCACAGAAAGACAAAAGUUCCUCCCCCUCAGCUCCUAAAAACGGAGAGAUACCUGUUUUCCCAGAGACCUCCGGCUUAGCUGUCCUUAAGCAGCUCCUCCAGAAGAGGCAGCAGGGACAGGCCCUUCCUCUACAAGUGGUUGGGACAGACAGACAUGCAGCUGCCCUCGCUCAGGCUGCAGUGCUACUAAGCCCAUCAGCUAAACAUACAAAAUCCAUAAGAACACCUUCCACAGCUCCACGUAAAGCCCGGGUCCCAAAGUCGACCACUCCCAAAGAGAAAAAGCCCAGAAACAAGAAAAGCAGGAUGAGCAGCACUCAGCCAAACCUAUCAGUGAAGCAGGACGGCAGUGUGUCUGAUGACUGCCUUCUCUUCUCCUCUGCCCCGAGCCUCGAAAGCUACAACUUCAUAGAGGACAGCUUGUCACCAGAGCUCCCACAGGCCUACACCUUCGAUAUAAACACUAUUCAUCAGGCAGAGUUCUCCAGUCCAUACAGUGGCAAUCAGUUUGUUUUGACUGAUAAAAACUUGCCUGUCAAGUUCCUCAGUGAUAUCUGUCAGGAAACUCCAUCUGCACAGACACAGGGCUUAGAAGAUCUUCCCCAGGCCCAUACUGAGAGAGGUUCUGACAUGUGCGAAGCCAGGCGUGCCAGUCCUGAACUUUUUGACAGAUCUGGGAAUGGGGAGCCGACGACAAACCUCAUGUUGGAUGAUUCUGAGAAGCAAAGAGCAGAAAGACAAAGAGAGUGGGACCUCUCUUUCUGUAAAUCCCACAUCCUCAGCCCUUUCCAAGACUUUCACUGUGAGAGAAAAGAGUUUCUCUUCUCCGCCUUUGACCCUGUCAUACCUUUGUCUCUAAGCUCAGUGUCGUUCGUCGACCAGGAGGGCUCACCAACAAGCGAACUUCUGGAGAGCAUUGAUGGACUUACAUCCAACACACCCAGCAGCUCUCCUCACUCCAUCAGUUCGCUGUCACAGGUGAGGGCAAGCCAGCAUCAGCGGGGGGCUGGAGGUGGAGCCCAUAUCCUCAAGCCACUCAUGUCCCCCCCGAGUCGGGAGGAGAUCCUCAGCACUCUGAUGGACCUGGAGAUGUCGGAAGCCACUUUCCAGGACCCCUUCUGCAGCGAUCCCUCUGACAUCCCAAGCAAGCCUAUGGAAGUCGGGGGCCGUAAGCUCACAGUUGGAACCAGAUUAGUGAAGGAGCUCAAAGAAUUUGGAGGAGACCUGUCUUUGGAGGGCCUUCAUUUUUGGAAGACUGCCUUCUCGGUCAUGACACACCCCAUUGCCACCAUCACCUCACCUCAGGGAGCAGAGGCCUUGGAGACAAAAGAAGAAAAGACUGAGCUUUCCGCAUCCUCAGCCGGCGACAAGGUCAUCCUUCUCCCCUGCAGAAACCCACCGAGCCGUGAACGUGUGCAGCUGUGGCUGGAAGCCAGGAAACAAUAUGACAUCCUGGAGAAAGACAAGAGAGAGACGGGGAAGGAGAGGGAUAAGGCUGAUGUGGAGCAGGAGACCCCUGACAGAACUGAGCCGCCAGUUGUUUCCAGAUGCCCCUCAGUUAAUAAGGAACAUUGUGGGAACAUUUCCAGCAUGAGAACUCAAAGGAGAAAGAAACUCAACCUCUCUUUAGUCCUUUCUCCUCUAAUGAAUUCAGGCUGUCAGUCUAAAUCUACAGAAGUGAGUCCAGUUUCUGAUGAGAGCAGUGAGGGCCUUGAGCCUGAGGAAAAAGAGGAUGAUGAUUCUUUUAAAACAGUUUCUCCAGAAUCCCCAGACCUGCCUCCAUGGCAGGAAUCUCAUCAGCUGAGCCCAUCAGCACCUGACCGUCUCAGCAACAGGAAGCCAUGUGAAAACUCACCAGAACCACUGUCACCCAGGCUCUCUAAUUCACAGGAGAGGCUUGGAGGGGACACAUCCCCAUCUCCUUUCCAUGGCAUUCACAGGGAUGGUGAGAGCAACAGUUCACACUACCUACACAGCACCCCUUUCUUAAGGAAAAGGCGGAGGAGCACAGAAGAUCUGGAUCCAGUGUGCAGCACACCCUUAAGUGACAAAGAUCCUGUUUCUCCGAGACUCCAGCAGAGAAGAAGAAGCCAGGCUGAUCCUUUGAGAAGAGUAUUACUUACCACACAAAUGAAGAACCAGUUUGCUGCUAUAAAUGUGCCAAAGAAAGAACAGUCCCAGAUUGAAGGGCCCAGUAUAGCCAACUCAUAUGGCUUCAAAGUUAGCAUGCAGAAUCUGCAGGAUGCCAAAGCUCUGCAUGAGGUCCAGCACCUAACGUUAAUGGGAAUGGAGCUCCACGCAAGAAGCCGCCGUGACCUGGAACCUGACCCAGAGUUUGACCCCAUUUGUGCCUUAUUCUACUGCUUCAGUUCUGAUGCACCCCUGCAAGGAGCAGACAGCACUCAGCUGACAGGUGCCAUCAUGGUGGACAAAGACUAUGAAAGUUGUGGCCAAGGUCGCAGAGCAACAGCACCACUGCUAGUCAGGUCAGGAGUCUCUGGGCUACAAGUCAUCUAUGCCAGUGACGAGAAGAUGCUGUUUCAGGAAAUCAUCACCAUCAUGAGAAGGUUUGACCCAGACAUCCUACUGGGCUACGAGGUUCAGAUGCAUUCAUGGGGCUACCUUCUUCAGCGUGCCGCUGCACUUGGUGUGGACCUUUGCCAGCAGCUGUCCCGCAUCCCAGGUGACUCCAAGGAGAACCGCUUUGCUGCUGAGAGGGACGAGUACGGCGCUGACACCAUGACUGAGAUCAACAUCAUCGGGCGCGUCACCCUCAACCUGUGGAGGGUGAUGAAGAGUGAGGUGACGUUGAACAACUACAGCUUUGAGAACGUGGCCUUCCAUGUGCUCCACCAGCGCUUCCCUCUCUACAGCCCCCGCUCGCUGUCUGACUGGUUUGACCACAUCACAGACCUAUACAGGUGGAAGAUGGUGGAUCAUUAUGUGAGUCGUUUACACGGCACCAUGCAGCUCCUGCAGCAACAAGAUAUCAUCGGCAGAACCAGCGAGCUGGCCCGACUCUUUGGAAUUCAGUUCCUCCAUGUCUUGACUCGAGGGUCCCAGUAUCGCGUUGAGUCCAUGAUGCUUCGUGUGGCAAAGCCCCUGAACUACAUCCCUGUGACGCCCAGCAUGCAGCAGCGAGCCCAGCAGAGGGCGCCACAGUGUAUCCCUUUGGUGAUGGAGCCGGAGUCGCGCUUUUACAGCAACUCUGUGGUGGUGCUGGAUUUCCAGUCGCUGUAUCCGUCCAUCGUCAUCGCAUACAACUACUGCUUCUCCACAUGCCUCGGCCAUGUGGACAGCCUGGGAACGCCGGAUGAGUUUAAGUUUGGCUGCACAUCUCUGCGGGUUCCUCCGGAGCUCCUCCACCAGCUCCGUAAUGACAUCACCGUGUCCCCAAGCGGCAUUGCCUUCGUCAAGUCGUCAGUGCGUAAAGGCGUUCUGCCCAGCAUGCUGGAGGAGAUCCUCAACACGAGGAUCAUGGUGAAGCAGUCCAUGAAAAACUACAAACAGGACAAGGCUCUGAUGAGGCUGCUGCAUGCCCGGCAGCUCGGACUCAAGCUCAUCGCCAACGUCACCUUCGGCUACACCUCAGCAAACUACUCCGGACGCAUGCCCAGCGUGGAGGUGGGAGACAGCAUUGUCCACAAAGCCAGGGAGACCCUGGAAAGAGCCAUCAAGCUGGUCAAUGACACUAAGAAGUGGGGAGCACGUGUUGUGUAUGGAGACACAGACAGCAUGUUUGUUCUGCUGAAAGGAGCCACCAAGGAGCAGGCCUUCAAGAUCGGCCAGGAGAUCGCCGAGGCUGUGACUGCAACCAACCCCAAACCUGUCAAGCUCAAGUUUGAAAAGGUGUAUCUCCCCUGCGUGCUGCAGACAAAGAAGCGCUACGUGGGCUACAUGUACGAGAGCCUUGACCAAAAAGAGCCAACGUUUGAUGCCAAAGGGAUAGAAACAGUGCGCCGUGAUGGAUGCCCCGCUGUUUCCAAGAUUCUAGAGCGCUCCAUUAAGCUGCUGUUUGAGACGCGGGACAUCAGUCAGGUGAAGCAGUUUGUUCAGCGUCAGUGUGUAAAGGUUCUGGACGGCCGGGCUAGCAUGCAGGACCUGAUCUUUGCCAAGGAGUACCGAGGCAGUGGGUCAUACCGGCCCGGAUCCUGCGUGCCUGCCCUGGAGCUCACCAGGCGUAUGAUGGGGUAUGAUCGUCGACUGGAGCCACGUGUGGGCGAGAGAGUCCCCUAUGUGAUCGUUUACGGGAUGCCUGGUGUGCCCCUCAUCCAGCUGGUGCGCCGGCCCAUUGAGGUGCUGCAGGACCCCAGCUUGCGCCUCAACGCCACCUACUACAUCACCAAGCAGAUCCUGCCGCCACUGGGCCGCUUGUUCCAGCUGAUUGGAGUGGAUGUCUUCAGCUGGUACCAGGAGCUGCCCAGGAUCCAGAAAGCUUCCUGCACCUCUGGAGUGGGUGGGGAGGAGCCCACUGGGAGGAAGGGAACUAUUUCCCAGUAUUUCACCACACUUCACUGCCCCGUCUGUGACGAACUGACCCAGCUGGGGGUGUGCUCGCGGUGCAGAGCCGACCCCCAGCGAGUGGCCGUGACCCUGUACCAGGACAUGAGGCAGUGGGAUAGUCAGCAGGAGCAGCUGCUCAAGAUCUGCAGGAACUGCAGCGGCUGUGCUGAACGGCAGGUGCCCUGUGUGUCCCUGGACUGUCCCGUCCUCUACCAGCUGUCCCGGGUCAACAGGCAGCUUUCUAAGGCCCCCUACCUCAGACAGCUGCUGGAGCAGUUCUGAUUGGCUCCUGUACAUCUAGGGCUCCCACUGAUUUGGUGCUAACAGCUAAUGCUUCACUUUGUUUAAACGCUGCUUUGAUUAAACUCUUGUGUUUUGUUCUUUUAGUAUUACUUGUAAUUAACACUAACUUAUUACAGAGUUAGUCAUGUUUGUUUACUGCCACCUCCAUAAAGUGCUGAGUGAAGCUGGUGUCUGAUUCAGCGGGUGAAGUGAGUGCUGUCUGAGCUGGGAUGAUCUGCAGCAGUUUGACAUCACUGGUUCUUCAUAACUACUAAGACAGCUUGCUUUCAAACCUCUAACCGACUUUACUUCAUGCUUACGUAGACUGCAGUGUUUGGUAAAUAUUUCCUGUACAGAUCCUUCUACAGUCUCAUUGUGCAUUAGCAUGACAACUGAAGCUUCAGCCAUGGAGGCAGUCAACCAUUUAUUACAUUGUGUUCAAAGGGUGCCAUGUUUCUUCUGACUGGUUGUACUGAUGUUGAUUUUAGCAGAUCUGACUCAUCAUACUUCAGAGUAUAAAAACUGGAAACAUUUCUUUUCAAUCUGGGACUGUUGCAAUACUGUAUUAUAAUUUGUCACAGAGAGUCUUUGUUCACAUAUGGUUUUAUGUACAUGUCCAGUUUCCUGCACAAACUAUAGGUCCCAUACAGCUGUACACAGGCUCUGUUUGUAAAAAUGUAAAAAAUGAAGAUAUUGAAGGUGCUUUUGAUUGUUUAUAAUUGACUUUGCUGUGGGUGGAGGUUUGAGAUUGAUAUAAUAAAAAAACUGGUAUUCAUAA